AACAGGCUACAAGCAAAUGAGGACAUAUCAAACUCUGUUUGAUAAAGUUUACAUUAAGUUGUAAGAAGUAACUUAACUUUGCACUUCUAUGCUGAAAACAAGCUUCUUCAUUAUUCCAGUUCCUCCACUGUCUCUUUAAGAGACUCCAGCCUCCAAUAAAGAUGAGUGUCGAGUACCGCGCAUCCACAGUGACAAAUGAUGAAAGUAAAAUUGCCUACAAGCAGUUUUUUGAAGGUGGCAACCGACUUCACUGCUCAGUUUAUGCACUGAGGAACAGCCCUUUCAAGAUUGCCACAGCGUGCCUGGGGAUACUGUGUGUUCUUCUAUUGGCUGGAGUCAUAGGUCAAAGGGUCCACUAUCAAAAUGUAGAAGAAGACAAUCAGAUCAAUUUAAAAUCCCUGAUUAAGGAAAAAGAUGCCCUGCAAGAAAACCUAAGACAAGAGCAAAACAAGAAAAAGAACCUUGAGACAAGCCGUAAUGAUUUACAGCAAAAGUCUGAUUCCUUACAAAGGAAAACAGACCAAUUACAGGCCAGUGUCAUUUCACUGACUAGCGAAAGAAACCAACUUAAACAAAGUCAAAGCCAGUCACAGGCCAGUACCACUGCUUUAAACAAAGAGUUAGAACAGCUAAAAACCACUAAAAGCCAGCUGCAGAGAGAUAAAGAUUCCCUGAGUGCAGCCAAAAGCAGUUUACAGACAGAAUAUGAAUCUGUUGUCAGUCACAAGAAAGAGUUGCAGGCCAGUUAUGACUCUGUGACAAAAGACAGAAACAAUUUGCAGAACAAAGUUAAUAAUGUAACCAGAUCAAGAGACCAGCUGCAGCUGAGCUACAAUGACAUGAUACAGAAAGUAGAACAUUUACAGGGCAGAUACAACUUCUCAGCCAGUGAGAAAGACAAGCUAGCAAGCAGCCACCAAAACGUAACGAUCGAACUGAAAACUCUUCAGGAAAGCUGCAACAUACUUAAAAAAGCAGAAAAUGAUUUACAGGCAUCGUAUGCGUCAGCUGUUAAGGAAAAAAAUGAGCUUCAAAGUAGGUUAAGCAAUGUAACAGAAGAGAGAGAUGUCUUCAAAUUAAAAACUGACACUCUGACUGCUGAGAGAGACCAGCUACUGGAGAAAACUGAAAAAAUGAAUGCAACGAUUCAGGAAAAGAAAUGCCCCAUUGGCUGGCAGAAGUUUCAGUACAGUUGCUACUACACCACGACGGUGAAGAAAACCUGGAACUUGAGCAGAGAAUUCUGUCAGAGUAAAGGAGCAGACCUGGCAAUCAUAAAGAGUGAGGAGGAAAUGAGCUUCAUCAACAGCUUGUACAGCAGUGACAAAGAAGCUUGGAUUGGACUGACAGAUGGAGGAGUAGAAGGGGACUGGAAAUGGGUGGAUGGGACACCACUAACUCUAACGUUCUGGGCGAAAGGUCAGCCCAACAGUCACCAAGGAAGGAACCAGGACUGUGUGGAGUUCUGGCAUCGUUCUAACAACAAAGGAGACUGGAAUGAUGAGAGCUGUACAGUGGAGCAAAGCUGGAUCUGUGAGAUGUAGUAUAGGCUCAGUACUGGUUACAGUGAACGGUAUAUACAGUAAAAAAAAAAAUGGAAUAUCUCUCUUUGUGAACUGGCAGCAAUAGCUUUGACAGUGUCUUUUUUUCAAUAAUCUGUAUAAUAUGUUUAAUUUAGAUAUAGAUAAUGUUACUCACAACUAAAGCCUGAAAAUAACUAUUUUGUGGUGAGUACUGUUUUAUAUUUUUACAUUUAGCAGCCAGUUGAUGAUGUAGCAGACACAGCUGAUGCAGGUUGUUGUGAGCAGGGUCUGACUAUUGUGAUCGAUGUGGAACCUCAGUGGAGACUGAGGUUUCCGUUAGUAUCUGUAAUUAUUGUAGAAACAAAUCCUGAUUAUUCUUUUUUUUUAUUUCCUUUAGGUAGCACACAAGUAAGAAUUUAUUCACUUGCCAGAUUAUAUCAAACCAAUCGGCUAUCAUGAUAACUUGAUUCAAUAAGUAACGGAUAGAUUUUCCUUCAAUAUGCUCUCAUAUUUGUCUAUUACUAUUUGAUUGAUGAAUAUAUUUUUUGCUAAUUUUUCCACAGUUUUUCUAGCUGCAAACAUUAGCACACAGUUUAUUUGUUAUGUGUUGUUUCAAAUCUGACAUAAAAUCAUUUUAAUCAAUAACCAUCUGAAUUCUGUUUUUAUUACUAAACUUCACAUGCCAGUGUGGUAUCGUUUUACAUUGCAACAGGAAUUUGUUUUUUUAGUCCUAUAUCUUCAGAACACAUUGCUGAUAUUCAUACAUGCAAAUAAAAACUAUUGAAAUAUAACCAGUUGUGCUACA